UCAGUAGCCUCGCAAUUAUCAGAUGACCAAUAAACAAAGACUCACGUGUUAAUGUAAGCAACAACAAUUCACAAGUCAUAUCGUAAAGACGCAUAGUAAGCACGGAACCCGUUGUCGGUCAUAAAUAGUUAAGAUGAUCCAGUUUGAGUUAACAGCAAAAGUGUGAUCCAGCGCGCAGUGUCUUCCGCGUUGAAGAGGAGAGGUCCUUCCUGGUGAUUUGUCUACAGUAAAAUCACCAGCGACGUUGCUCGCUUAUAUGCAAGGGUGUUAAAAGGCGUUGCUAACUAUUGCACCACGAAAGCUGGGGUACAAUCCCUGCAAGAGUCAUGUAAGGAAAGGAAAACAAUAUUGCAAGCCCAAUAAACACGAGUUAAGUUUCGAUUUCAUUUCUGGGGACAAGUUCUGUUUCUGUGUCGGCCACGUGACCUGCAGAGGCGCCCCGAGCGCAGACCGACAGAGACUACACAAAUGGGCAGACAUGUCUGUAAGGUAUCAUAAAGUAAUACAAGUAUACAGGCUCUUCUGUACUGCUUCAUGGUUAAAGAGGUCGCUCUGCGGUGCACCCCAUACAAUCAAUGUGUUGCUGUGGAGCUACAAGGACAUCCUCUCUUGGACGCAUGUACACUGUGGCAGAGGAGACGUCCCAUGCUCAGAUCAGAUUCUCACGUUAAAAAUAAAACGGAGAUGAGGAUCGAUGGAGACUCAUAGUAAGGGUCCAACACUAAGGGAGCAGAACUCUCGCUGUCAUCCCUUGCAUUUGUUUGUAUUCAGGGUCGGAAUCGGUUUUAUUACCAAACUCACAAAUGCGAAGUCCCCCUUGGAAUCCGUGCCAAGUAUGCAGGAUUGGCUGGGCUGUGGCUGAGCAGAGAUGCGUGAAGGUGGAUUUGAGCUGAUGUUCGAGUGUCUGUGCAGGGUCCUCACCAGCGGUUUCUGCUAAGGGAGCUGCUGCGGGACUACAACCCCAUGGAGAGACCGGUGGCCAACGACUCCCAGAGCCUCACUGUUCAGUUCUCCUUUACUCUGAUGCAGGUCAUGGAUGUGGAUGAAAAGAACCAGAUCCUCACCACGAAUGCAUGGCUGCAGAUGCAAUGGUACGACCACUACCUCCAGUGGAACCAGUCAGAGUAUCCCGGAGUUAAGAACCUCCGUUUCUCUUCAGACCAGGUCUGGACACCUGACAUAUUGCUUUACAACAGUGCUCAUGAUAAGUUUGAUGCCACCUUUAAAACCAAUGUUUUGGUUAACUCCAGUGGCUUCUGUGAGUAUCUGCCUCCAGGAAUAUUUGUCAGCACCUGUAGCGUGGAUGUGCGAUGGUUUCCAUUUGACAUCCAGCGCUGUGAACUGAAGUUUGGCUCCUGGACAUUUGAUGGCUGGCUGCUGGACCUCCAGAUGAAGGAGGCUGAUGUCUCAGGAUACAUGACCAACGGAGAGUGGGAUCUACUGGAGGUCCCUGGAGAUCGUCACGAACUAUUCUAUGAUUGCUGUGCAGAGCCCUACCCUGAUGUUACCUUUGUGGUAACCUUACGAAGAAGGACCUUAUUUUACGCUCUUAACCUCCUCAUCCCCUGUGUGCUCUUGUCGUCCAUGACACUGGUGUGCUUCCUGCUACCGGCCAACUCGGGGGAGAAGAUCAGCCUGGGCAUCACGGUUCUGCUCUCUCUGACGGUUUUCAUGCUGAUGGUUGCAGAGAUUAUGCCCGCCACUUCAGAUUCUGUGCCCCUGAUAGGGCAGUACUUUGCCAGCACUAUGGUGAUUGUCGGGAUGUCAGUAGUGGCCACAGUCAUGGUUCUUCAGUUCCAUCACCACAACCCCAACGAUGGAAACAUGCCACGCUGGGUGCACUUAGUUCUUCUGCAGUGGGUUCCUUGGUUCCUGCGGAUGAAGCGUCCUGGAGAGGGAGCGGAGCCGCCUCUUUCCAACUUCCAGGUCGACUCUCAGAGCAAGACUCUGUCCUCUCCUACCACCACCACAACCACCACCACCAACCCCACUCCAGUGCCCUCUAUCAUCCCCCAGAGCCUCAACUCCCUACAGGCCAGCCUUGCGCAGCUAAACCACCCAAUGUCACACCCAGUACCCCAUCGGCCCAGCUGUCAGACUGGUAUACUCCCUAAUGUCAGAGAUCCCGGCCCCAAUCCACAUCCACAGCCCAACGGCCAUCUCCUUUAUAUGGGUUUCCAGACCUUCCAGACAACGGUAGAGCUUGAGCCAGGUCAGGGAGGUAGAACCAUGAGUCACGGCAGGGUUAACAGUGGAGUGGGUGGAGGCGAAGGAGAGGGAGCAGCAGCCGGAGCGCAAACUGGAGAUACACCAAUCCAUCACCACCUCCAAUCUUCCAAGUUUAGGAGCCCCCCACUGGAAACUCCUCUGUCCCCAGACCCGGACCAGUCAACCACAGCCUCUGGACCCUGCGGCCUAGAGGCUGGGUCUGCAGCCGGGAGAUCAGCCGCUAUGCAAAACCACAGCGGUAUGAUUCGAUCUGUCGCAGUAGACAACCAGCUGCAGGAGCUGCUGGUGGAGGUGCAGUUUCUAGUGGAGCGUGUUAAAGAGCAGGACCGGCUGGUCAGCUUGGCAGAGCAGUGGCAGUUUGCUGCAGCUGUCAUCGACCGCCUGUGCCUGAUGGGAUUCAGUCUUUUCAACAUUAUUUGUACCAUCGCUAUCCUCAUGGCUGCACCCAACUUUGGGGAAGCUCUGUCAAAAGACUUCAUCUGACGGAAAAAAGAGAGAGAGAGGGUGUGGAAGAUGUUAAGCGAUUAUGAAGAUGAGGGUUUGUUGGAAGCACAAUUGCUGUUAAUGACACUGGGACAUACAACAGUAAAUCUUUCCUAUAAAGCUGGAGUGGGCUGUGGUACUUCUGGAUUGGAAUAUGAUGAUGCUCACAUUUACUGUUCACAUGUUUUCUUUUGGAAAGGUUUCUAUGUAAGUGUUAUUUAUGUGUUUGUUUCUCACAAAAGGUGGUGCUCUAAUCUUAAACUAGUCAAACCAAAGUAGCAUUUUAGAGGUGAAAAAUAAUAAUCUUGUGAUUGGGAUCUGCUACUGAAUAUAACUGGUUCUUCCUUGACCCAUUCCACACCCUUUCAGCAAAUUUCAUGAAUUUUGGACCAACAUUAACAUUUAACGACAAAGCAUAACAUUCAGAAAAGUGAAAGAAGCGCCUCAUUGUAUUGAUCAUUUUUGUCAAUUUUCAACUAAGGCAAUGUCAACUGAAACCUUGAUGAUUUUGUUGUUUUUUAUCACAGUCAACAAAUUAAGAGCUUUUUGGUAUAGUAUUGUAAUUGAGGAUCGUUUUGGAAAAUCAACCUAGAAUAUAUUUGUGAAAACUGGGAAGCAUGACUUAAUUGUAUCGAUACUGAAUUUGAUAUAAAGUCUUUGUACUGCCAUCUUUGAAUGCUUCAUGUAUGCAGAGAAACUUGACAGUGAUGUGGCGCAUGUUAACCUGCUUUUCCUUACAAUACAGACCUGAAUAUCUGUAUGCUAUUGUGUGAUACUCCAAAAAUGAUUUACACUGCAGUACACCAUUUUAGUUUGCACUGAUUAGCUCCUUCACAAAUGUCCUUGUUUUUUAAUUCACAUAAUAUGCUUUUCUAAAGUUGAUGUCUUCGAUUACAUUAAAAGGUUUUCCCAAUGUUACAUUUUUCAA